GGAGUUGAUGAAGUUGAUCAUCGACAUCAUCAACAGUGUUCUUUGUGUGACCUUUCAAUAAGAUAAAUACCACUGUGUUGGGUGCUGGUAAACAGAAGAAUUUCUGCAAGGAUGGCGCGCCUUGUGGCACUGGCAACCUAGUCUCUUGUAUAUCGCCAUUGGAGUCGACAGUAUAAGACGAAUCGUUUGAAUUGAAGAGAUGGGCACAGUGCUGAACAAUUUGUUCGGCAAAGGAAAAGGAAACUUUGGUGAUGUUGAGUACUGGCACGGCGCAGAGCGAGCUGGCUGGCUCAUGAAACAGGGUGACUACAUAAAAACAUGGAGGCGCAGGUGGUUUGUCCUGAAGCAGGGGAAGAUAUUCUGGUUCAAGUCGGACAUUGUGACGCCGGACUCCAUUCCUCGCGGCGUGAUUGAGGUGAACCGCUGCCUUUCCAUCAAGGGCGCAGAGGACAUCUUGAACAAGCCACAUGCCUUCGAGGUGUCAACCACUGACGACAGCAUGUUCUUCAUCGCAGACACGGACAAGGAAAAGGAGGAUUGGAUCAAUGCAGUGGGCCGGGCGAUCGUGAGGCAUUCCAAGAGCAUGUUGGAGCAUGACCAUGGUGACUACACAACUGGCUGAGGAGCUUCACAAGGAUUCCUGCCGAAGCUGAGGGCGGGACUGUUAUUUGUCUGACGAGCAGGCAUUUCUUAGACUUGGUAUUCCUACCUACCAAGACACUGUGACACUCAGCUGAGCUGCAGUACACCUGUAUCUGUAGAGUCACAAUAGGUAGGGCCCUGCUGAUUUCAGUGUGAAGAAGGUGCCGAGGUCUUCCAUAGGUUUGCUGGUGAUCAAGCUUCCUGGUAGGCAAGACAUGCGGCCUGCUGAGAUCACCUAAUGGGGUCUGUUGGAGUGUGUGUGUUCGUCCUGAACUGUUGUGUCGCAAAGGUGUGUUAUUGAAGUCGAUUGUCUGAUAAUUACACCAUGACGUCACAUUUGAAGUGUUGAACUGUCUUGACUGACCCGUCACACGUUGCGUAUGCUUACCAAAUGAAUUAGAUAGCAACUAGGGGAUCCUGUAAAUUAGGGUGCUCAUC